AUGACAGAUACCUCCUCCCUCGCCAUCACGCACGCCACAACGGAUUCCUAUCCGGUCCCCGCUCCUCCAGGCUCCCCUGCCGCCGACGGUGCAGUCUCUGACUCUGCCGCACCCGAUGAAGAAGAACCUUACACCAUCAAGUGCAUUUGCUCGUUCGAGGAAGAUGAUGGUAGCACGGUAUUCUGCGAAGGGUGCGAGACAUGGCAGCACAUAAUCUGUUACUACCCCGACAAGAAGGUACCAGAUGUGCACAACUGUGUUGACUGCGAACCACGGCCAUUGGACAAUCGCCGUGCCACCGAACGACAACGGGUGCGGCGCCAACGGGAGAAAAGUGAGGAUGGGGACCGGAAGCCCAGGAGGCCUGGGCCUAAAACUCAACGAAGGAAACUCAAGGAUUCGGAAGUGAAUGGGUUUGGACAUCAACGAUCCGAGUCAAGUGCACGUGAACAGCCACCGGCGAAGAAGGCGAAAACGUCCCACCGUACAUCCGCUUCAAUUGGUGGCCUUUCAGGUAUCCCGGCUCUUCCGGCUGAGUCGCGCAAGCGUCGUUCCUCAACCUCCAUCGCGAUGAGCCCAACGAAAUCCGAACUUCCAAUCCCUCUCUACUCGAACGAAUUCCUCAAUCUUUACGACCGAGAUGAAGAUUACGAUGAAAUUGACAGCAACCUCUUUGUCAACGUGAGCCUAAUGCGGGACACUGUCUCAUGGUUGAAGGAUCCCGAAGCCUUGGCACGAGUCACCAAUGGACGUCCUGCUGAAGAUACUUUUCAAUGGUCUGAUGCAGCAUUGGACCGAUCUCGCUGGCCCUCCUUGGCAGUUGAUACAAUCACAGACCCGAGCACCGAGAUCAGUGGCAAGCAUCCAACGUACAAGAUCAUUAAGACUCAAGAUUCUGUACGACGCGAUGAAGUUGUCGGAGAGAUCACUGGCAAGGUUGGCUAUUUCAGAGAUUAUUGUCUCGAUCCAAGCAACCGGUGGUCCAAGUUACGGCACCCUGAACCUUUUGUCUUCUUCAGCGCACAUCUACCUCUCUACAUUGACGGCCGUCGUGAAGGCAACAAGCUUCGUUACAUCCGGCGUUCCUGUCGUCCCAACGUUAGUUUGAAGAUAUACAUCACCAAUGAUGUAGAAUAUCAUUUCUGUUUUGUUGCCAAGGAUGAUAUUCCUGCCAACACAGAGAUAACUGCUAUGUGGUACCUGGACCCUGAAUUCCAUGAAGCUACCAAUGGCGUGGUGAAACAGGAGUCUGGGGAUCCGGAAGCUGCUUCGGUCUGCAUCAGCAAUACGCUUGCCAACUUUGGUACAUGCGCUUGUGAUCUUCCUGUGGAAGAGUGCACAAUGGCCAAACUUGAUCGCCGGCGACGUCCAAAAUUGGACUCGGUGAAGACCAAUGGCAAGCGGAGGAAGGUGAAGAGCAAGGCUAUAGCGUCUCCAAUGGAGACAGGUCGUGCUUCUACGAGUCGUGCAGGUAGUGAGACAACUAAACACGACGAAGAUGACCCCGCAGCCGAUAGCCGAUCAACUUCAGGCUCAACUCGUGGUCAUCCCCGUAGCCGUGAUCUCAGUCCUGCUCAACCUCUAUCUGAACUUUCUACUCGCGAAAGGCGAAAAAUUGCUGAUGCGGAAAAGCAAUUCCAACAAUUAGAGGAUCGGCAUGUGCAUCCCAAGAAGAAGAAACGAUCCAGCGGACCUUCUCAUUCUACACAACCUGGCUAUUUCGCUACUCAGCGUUCUUCUGGUAAAUCUCACCUUGAUACACAGUCGCGUUCUCCUACUGCUGUUUCACCCGGUACAAUGGCUCCUGGCAAUUCGAACCCUCAGGGUCUGGCUCAACGUCGCCGUCGUCCUGUCUAUGUCGAUGCGGCGGUCCAGUGCAACCGCGAUGAUGACUCUCCUCCUCCUCUUCCUCGCACUACGCCUCUCAUUCUCUACAUGUCUAUGACUCGGCGUCUUCUGAUGCGUUACGAUGCGGAGAAUAUCAGACGGGCAGAAGUGGCUAGACAGCAAUUGUCUUCGGCUGGUUCUGACAGCGCUGCGACUUACCGGACUUUCGAGUCUCCCGGUCCCUCGCUCCGCUCGCCUGUCACUGCACAUGACAGAUCGGAUGCUGCCAUGGCUAGUCUGGACAGUCCUUCUACCCCUGUUCACGCAGGUCGUGAGUCCAGUGCUCGGACUGACUCUCUCGCCACCAGCAACGACCCACGUGUACCGCCAAGUCCCCCUCCGUGGCCGUCUACCGCUGCUCACAACGUUUUGAUUCCGGGUGCGCAUCACCGCAACAACCUGCGUGUCUCUAUGCCCCCACCGCACGGUGUCUAUCCACCUUCCACAAUCAGUCCUAGCUCCGCUACUAGUCUUGCAUCCCCCCUUCCUCAUGAUCACACAUCUCCUCAUACUUUCAUGCCGCCUUUGGGUCAUGCUCCCACUCCCACUCCUGCGAAGAAGAAGCUCAGUCUCGGUGACUACCUCAUCCGCCGGGGAACUAUGACAACAUCGGACAAGCAUGCUCCAACAAAGAAAUCACCUUCCGCUGGAGAUGGCACUGCAGACCGUCCUCUCACCCCCACUCAACCCGAACUGCAUGACAAGUCUGAGCCUACUUCUUCUCCAAACAUGUCGAUGAAAGACGCCCCCGAAUCAACACCCACCCACAUCCCUUCCAUCUCUUCGUGA